UUAGGAAGCCUCUGAACGGAGCACGCUCGCAGAGAAUCUCCCGUUAAGAAACAUCGCUUAGUUCUUCAUUUACUCACUGGGAACCUCUGAGGAUUUCAGCUGAUCUCUUUCUCUCCUUAGACAGCCAGGAGCGCAAUAUAAACAGGGAACCAGAGCACAGGCUGCAGCUACUUGGAGGGUGUUGAUUGAAAACUUCGAUCUCCCCACCCCAUUCACGGCUGACUUGACUGAUUUCUCACCUCGUUCACAGAGAAUAUUUCAAUUAAGGUCCCUUUAGAUGGACUAUAAUACAGCAGAAGCCUUUUCAUCAAAAAGAUUAAUGCCUGUGAUAUCAUUUCUGCAAUAAAAUAAGAAGCUAAGUGGUGGAGGCCACAGAACACGUCAAACCUGGAUUCCACAAUUCUGCAUUAAGUGUUCGAGUUUGUAUCACUCUGCUGCAGGAAAGCCUUUGCCAAUGCUUACAAGGAACUGUUUAUCCCUGCUUCUCUGGGUCCUGUUUGAUGGAGGUCUCCUAACACCACUUCAACCACAGCCACAACAGACUUUAGCCACAGAGCCAAGAGAAAAUGUUAUCCACCUUCCAGGGCGACGGUCACAUUUCCAACGAGUUAAACGUGGCUGGGUAUGGAAUCAAUUUUUUGUGCUGGAAGAAUACAUGGGCUCCGAGCCUCAGUACGUGGGAAAGCUCCAUUCUGACUUAGACAAGGGAGAGGGUACUGUGAAGUACACCCUCUCGGGAGAUGGUGCUGGCACUGUGUUUACCAUCGAUGAAACCACAGGGGACAUCCAUGCCAUAAGGAGCCUGGAUAGAGAAGAAAAACCUUUCUACACUCUUCGUGCUCAGGCUGUGGACAUAGAAACGAGGAAGCCCCUGGAGCCUGAAUCAGAAUUCAUCAUCAAAGUGCAGGACAUUAAUGACAAUGAGCCAAGGUUUUUGGAUGGACCGUAUGUUGCUAGUGUCCCGGAAAUGUCUCCUGUGGGGGCUUAUGUGCUCCAGGUGAAGGCCACAGACGCAGACGACCCGACCUAUGGAAACAGCGCCAGAGUCGUUUACAGCAUUCUUCAGGGACAACCUUAUUUCUCCAUUGAUCCCAAAACAGGUGUCAUUAGAACAGCUUUGCCAAACAUGGACAGAGAAGUCAAGGAACAAUACCAAGUGCUCAUCCAGGCCAAGGACAUGGGAGGACAGCUGGGAGGGUUAGCUGGAACCACAACAGUCAACAUCACCCUCACUGACGUCAAUGACAAUCCCCCCAGAUUCCCCAAAAGCAUCUUCCAUCUGAAAGUCCCUGAGUCUUCUCCCAUUGGUUCAGCUAUUGGAAGAAUCAGAGCUGUGGAUCCCGAUUUUGGACAAAAUGCAGAAAUCGAAUACAAUAUUGUUCCAGGAGAUGGGGGAAAUUUGUUUGACAUCGUCACAGAUGAGGAGACACAAGAAGGAGUCAUCAAAUUGAAAAAGCCAUUAGAUUUUGAAACAAAGAAGGCAUAUACUUUUAAAGUAGAGGCCUCUAACCUUCACCUUGACCACCGCUUUCACUCUGCCGGUCCUUUUAAGGACACAGCCACAGUGAAGAUCAGCGUGCUGGACGUGGAUGAGCCGCCAGUUUUCAGCAAGCCACUCUACACCAUGGAAGUUUACGAAGACACUCCAGUUGGGACAAUCAUUGGGGCUGUCACCGCCCAAGACCUGGAUGUGGGCAGUAGUGCUGUUAGGUACUUCAUAGAUUGGAAGAGUGAUGGGGACAGCUCCUUUACAAUAGAUGGAACUGAAGGAACCAUCGCCACUAAUGAAUUACUAGACAGAGAAAGCACCGCGCAGUAUAAUUUCUCCAUAAUUGCGAGUAAAGUUAGUAAUCCUUUAUUAACCAGCAAAGUCAAUAUAUUAAUUAAUGUCCUAGAUGUCAAUGAAUUUCCUCCAGAAAUAUCUGUGCCAUAUGAAACAACUGUGUGUGAAAAUGCCAAGCCAGGACAGAUAAUUCAGAUAGUCAGUGCUGCGGACCGAGAUCUUUCACCUGCUGGGCAGCAAUUCUCCUUUAGAUUAUCACCUGAGGCCGCCAUCAAACCAAAUUUUACAGUUCGUGACUUUAGAAACAACACAGCUGGAAUUGAAACCAGAAGAAACGGAUACAGCCGCAGGCAGCAGGAGUUGUAUUUGCUCCCUGUUGUAAUAGAAGACAGCAGUUACCCUGUCCAGAGCAGCACAAACACCAUGACUAUCCGAGUUUGUAGAUGUGACUCUGAUGGUACCAUCCUGUCUUGUAAUGUGGAAGCAAUUUUUCUACCUGUAGGACUCAGCACUGGGGCUUUGAUUGCAAUCCUACUAUGCAUUGUGAUCCUCUUAGCCAUAGUUGUGCUGUAUGUGGCACUGAGAAGGCAGAAGAAGAAGGACACUCUGAUGACGUCCAAGGAAGACAUCCGGGACAACGUCAUCCACUAUGAUGACGAAGGCGGCGGGGAGGAGGACACCCAGGCCUUCGACAUCGGGGCCCUGAGAAACCCAAAAGUGAUUGAAGAGAACAAAAUUCGCAGGGAUAUAAAACCAGACUCUCUCUGUUUACCUCGUCAGAGACCACCCGUGGAGGAUAACACAGACAUCAGAGAUUUCAUUACUCAAAGGCUGCAGGAGAACGAUGUGGACCCCACUGCCCCUCCCUACGACUCGCUGGCCACUUACGCCUACGAAGGAACUGGGUCGGUGGCCGAGUCCCUCAGCUCCAUCGACUCUGUCACCACAGAAGCCGACCAGGACUACGACUACCUGACUGACUGGGGACCCCGCUUUAAAGUCUUGGCCGACAUGUUUGGUGAAGAAGAGAGUUAUAACCCUGAUACAGUCACUUAGGGGAGGCGUGAAGGCUCCAGCACAACCAAAAGGAGGAGUUUGAAAAAAGAGAAAGAAAAGGAAACACGAAUAGAAUCACACACACACACACACACACACACACAGAUCCAUGCUUUAUAGGGACGAGAUUUCUUUGAUUAUCUGGUUUCUAGCAAGUUGCUAUAUUUAUCAUAUUGUCAGUUUCGGUUUAUUCUGUCAACACAAGAUAAAUCCUAUAAUAUGUACUUGCUUCGUUAUGUUUUGUUUUGUUUUCAGAAUCACACUGAGACAAGCUCAGGCCUAUUAAAUACAAUUUACUGACAUGACAACCUAGAAUGAAGAUAGCUCUGUGGCAUCACGGUGGAAGAGUGUUAGAUUUUUCUUAAUUCCACUAAAGUGCCUAUUGAAACUCUUAUCAUUUACAGUGGUGUACAGUGCACUCUGCUGUGAUGGCAUUGCAGGAGUCAGAGAGAAAGAAGGCAUAAAACAAAGACGCUGCUUUCAUGUCAAGGAGCAAUAGCAACAUGCUGACUCUCCUCGUUCUUUUCGAGAAAAAAAAGAACAAUUUCUGAACUCCAUCUUCUUGUAAUCCAAGGUUUUUCUUUUUCUUUUAAAAAACUGUAUGCCGAAACAUUUGUUUUUUUUUUCCUGCCCUUACAGAAAAUUGAAAUAAAAAUGGCAAUAUCCAAUUCAAUCUGUAAGUCCUGGAUUUUAACAACAAGGUUUGAUCUUAACAUGAGUUCAUAUGAAAGAUGUUCAUUAACAUGCUACUUUUUUUCCAAAAAAUAAAAUUUUAAAAAAUGAUAUAGGAAAAAAUCUCUCUCUUUAUAAAGAGAGGCCUCAGGACUCAAAUUCCCUAUGAAAAUAAAUAUUUGUUUUAUUUAAUAUUG